AACCGGAACGAACUUAUACAACUAAUGUCCUGCGCCAAGCUAGAGCUCGGGAAAUGGGUAUCCAAUACCAAAGGCAUAGCAGAGGAGGAUACCGACGCCUACACACAACCAACUCAAUGGUCACCAGUAAAGGUUCUGGGACUCUACUGGCAUCCUGGAAAGGACACGCUAACAUACAAUGUGGGUCUAUCUGCAAAUCCUAACUGCACAAAAAGACAAGUCUUGUCCGAUGUUUCACGGAUAUUCGACCCACUUGGACUCUUGGCACCCGUCGUGGUUCAGUUCAAGAUUCUUUUUCAGCGACUAUGGUUACUCAAUCUGGAUUGGGAUGAUCCACUUCCAACAAAACUGGCGGACAAUUGGCUGAAGUGGCGCGCUGACCUCGACACAUUGCAGCAGUUUCAACUACCACGUUUGGUUGUCAACUACGCAGACAACAUCGAGUUGCACGGAUUCUCCGAUGCUUCUAUCAAGGCAUACGCGGCUGUAGUUUACAGCAGAGUAAUACACGACGACGGCUCUGUGUCCGUAUCUUUAGUGGCUGCAAAGACAAGGGUGGCUCCACUCAAGCAGCAAUCCUUGCCACGCCUGGAGCUUUGCGGAGCACUUCUUCUGAGCCAACUCAUACGAUCAAUUAAGGCUGGAUUACGACACAAAGAUACAACUGUAUUUGCAUGGUGCGACUCUACAAUUGUAUUAUCGUGGUUAUCAUAUGCACCAGCCCAGCUGAAGACGUUUGUUGGGAAUCGAACCUCGGAAAUUCUGGAUUCCAUUCCAUGCCAUGCUUGGCGUCAUGUGGACUCCAAAACAAACCCAGCUGACUGUGCGUCCAGAGGCCUCAUGGCUGCCGAUCUCAUCGACUUUCGGCUGUGGUGGACUGGUCCUUCAUGGCUACGUGACAACGAUCAAUUCUUGGUAAAGUUGAACAACUCAAAGUUUUACGUUACUCUUUCAGAAACUGGCAUACAAAACGAAGUCAAAACCAAUUGUUUGUCUACAUUGGCCGAAUCACAAUUGGAUAAUCCGCUGGAAGAACUAAUAGCCCGAGUCUCCUCCUGGCGGAAGCUGGUGCACACUAUUGGCUAUGUCCUUCGCUUCAUCCAACGCACAAAACAUCCAUCUCGGGACAGGAGCUCCCAAUCUCUAACAUUUCAUGAGAUACGGACUGCACGGAUUCUGUGUUUGCGUUACGCGCAAACCUGCUUUCAAUAUGACUACCAAUUGCUACUUGCCAAGAAGCCAUUACGGAGCCGAUCGCAGCUUGUGAAACUGUCACCAAUCAUUGACAAAGACAAUCUACUCAGGGUCGGCGGACGAUUGCAUCACUCUCAAUUGCUAGAAGAGGCGAAACAUCCAGUUUUGCUGCCAAAGACUCAUCGCAUCACGAAACUGAUCUUGGAACACGAGCACCGGGUCAACCUCCACCCUGGUGUCUCUGCACUCUUCGUAAUUGUUCGGCAAAGGUUCUGGAUAUUUGGCGCACGUAACCUCGUACGCAAAAUCACGCACGAAUGUUUGGCAUGCUUUCGACAAAGACAGCAUACAUCACAGCAACGAAUGGCUGAUCUACCCAGCAUUCGUAUCACACAAGCACUGCCAUUUGUCAACACCGGUUGCGACUAUGCUGGGCCAAUCCUUCUCAAGGAUGGCAAGGUUCGCAAACCACGUAUAAGCAAGGGCUAUAUAUGCCUAUUCGUUUGCCUGGUCACAUCGGCAAUACAUUUGGAACUUGCCACGGAUCUCACCACUGAAACGUUCCUGGCUGCACUGCGGCGCUUCAUAUCUCUACGUGGCAAGUGUGCCAAAAUCUACAGUGACAACGGCACAAAUUUCAUCGGCGCGAAACGCUCACUUGAUGAAAUGCAAACCCUACUGGCGUCACAGCAACACACCGACCUGGUUACUCAUACCCUGGCGGAUGACGGCAUACAAUGGGUAUUCAUUCCGCCUGGCUCACCUCAUUGGGGUGGAAAAUGGGAAUCGGCAGUUCGAUCUGUUAAACUGCACCUUCGACGAGUCGUCGGAACCUUAAUGCUUACAUUUGAGCAGAUGCGUACCCUACUUGCGCAAGUCAGCGCAGUGGUCAACUCACGUCCUGUAUCACACCGGAUACUGAGGUCAACUAUUUAUCGCCGGCUCACUUCUUAAUUGGACGACCAUUCACCACUAUACCGGAGGCUGACUUGGGUCACAUUACUGUGGGUCGAUUGGGGUACUGGCAGAGUAUCCAGUCCAUGUACCAAGGCUUCUGGAAACAAUGGCAUCAGGAGUACCUGACCACUCUUCAACAGCGUCCAAAGUGGACCACGUCUAACCCUAAUAUCUCGAUCGGAGACGUUGUGCUUGUUAAGGAGUCCAACAGCCCACCGGCUUCAUGGCACAUCGCAAGAGUUAUAGAAGCCUAUCCAGGAAAGGACGAACUGGUUCGAGCUGUCAAGCUUAAGACCGCAUCUGGAGAAUUAACCCGACCAAUUACUAAAAUCGCGGUAUUGCCCCGUUCCGAAACUUUGUUUCA